AUGGCAUCGAGUCGAUCAUCCGUUCCGCUCGAGACAUUGGUCCAGGAUUGGUUACGGUUAGAUCGCGUAUGUAACCCCACUACUCGGAAAGAAAUCGAGCAGCUCCAGCAGGAUAAGAACCACGAUGAACUUGCCUCUCGAUUAUGCCAACGCAUCAAGUUCGGAACUGCUGGUCUCAGGGCACAUAUGUCUGCGGGAUUCUCGAGGAUGAACGAUGUGACGGUGAUUCAGGCCAGUCAAGGUUUGGCUGCUUAUCUAAUCAAGGACAUCCCUAAUGCUACUCAGAAGGGCAUCAUAGUCGGACAUGAUCACCGUCAUAAUUCGCACAGGUUCGCCCGUCUGGCCGUUACUGCAUUCUUGAGGCGCGGAUUCAGAUGCUAUCUGCUCGAUGGGUCUGUAGCUACACCAAUGGUCCCGUUUGGGGUCAAAUAUCUCGGAGCCGCUGCAGGUGUCAUGGUCACUGCUUCACACAAUCCAGCCGCUGACAAUGGCUACAAACUAUAUUACUCAAAUGGUGUUCAGAUCAUUUCUCCUCAUGACAAAGGGAUCGCUGCUUCCAUAGAGCAAAACUUAGAAAUAGAUGAGGAAGCUUGGAGUACAGAGCCUACUGCACAGAUAUCCGAAGCACUGCUAGUCAAUCGAACACAAGAGAUACAGGAUGCGUAUUUCAAGGCGAUUUCUGGCUUGGUAAGGCACUCCAAGUUAGAGAAUUCAAAGACUCCGCUCAAGUUCAUCUACACGCCAAUGCAUGGUGUUGGCUAUCCAUUUGCCACUCGAGCUUGUGUUGACACAGCAGGCUUUCCAUCCCAUGCCUGGCUUCCAGUUGAAGCCCAGAAAGAUCCCAACCCAGAUUUCCCAACCGUUAAGUUUCCCAAUCCUGAAGAAAAGGGCGCGCUCGACAUGGCGAUGAGUCUAAAAGAAUAA